AAAUUUUUUUAUAAAAUUGUGUGAACUUGGGCUUCAUUAAUUUCUCUGAGCCAGUUUCUCCUUUGAAAAAAGGGAAUAACAUCAUUGGCAAAGGCUGCACUGUCCAAUAUAGUCACCAAUGGCCAUAUGUGGCUAUUUAAAUUAAAAUUACAAUUGAUUUAAAAUAAAAUAUAUUACUAAGCCCAAGAAAGUACUGACUUGUCCCUGUGAUGCAAUGGAAAGAACACAGCUCUAAGAUCAGAUUUACCUAAGUGCAAAUCCUAGCUCUACGGUGUCCCCGCUGUAUGAUUUUAGGCAAGUUACCUAGCUUCUCUGGGUUACAGUAAUCUUCUUUGUAAAGUAGCUAUUCCCUAGAGUAGAACAGAGUAAAGCAUACAAUGUAAUGAUAGGUGAUUUAUCAAUUCUGUACAACUACAAUUAGCCACAGGGAUGGGGAAUGACAACAUAACUCUUGAAACAAAUGAAUCAUCUUGGAUUCCUGUCUCGUUAUAGGCUCUCAGGGUUCCAGUAAUCUAAACUGAUAAUUUAGAGGGGAAACAGGGCUUACGAUGGUUUACCAGUUUGCUAAUGAUUACUGAGAAAUUUAAAUGCACUGACUAGGUGAGGAAGACACUAUUGCCUAUGUAUCACCACAAUGGUAAGCUGAAAGCAUGGCUAGGUAGCUGCUAACCAAGCAAAAUUAGAAUUUUAGUGGUUAAUAAUUUAAGAAACCUUUGAUACUUGAAAAAUAUGCAGGAAUAACCUUCACAGCACUGAGAGUGUUUAACAAAAUGUUCUUUCAUCUCUCACCUGUCUUCUCAGAUUUCCUGGAUAACCCAUGAAUCAGAACUACAGUCACAAUUUUUAAAUUUCACAAAUAUUUCAAUGCCAUCGGUAAAAAAAAGAUGAAUUCCUCAUGCUGUCUCCUCUAAGGGUGACUGCUUAGAAACAUAAGAAAGUAAAUUCUGGAUAUUACAAACGAAGAAAGCCCUAAGCUUCUUUUGGAGCUACACAGAAUCCUCAGGCCCAAAGCAAAGCAUAAUAGAAAACGGUUAUUUUUCUAAACUCCAAUUUGGUCUUCUAAUAAAUGCAAUAUUCUUGUAAUGGUUAAAAAUUAAAUAAUCUAGAAAACCAUGUAAUUUUAAAGAAGUUGGUCAAAUAUUACAGGGAGAGAGAAAUGGGGAGAAUCUGGUGUUGUAACGCAAAUUAGAGUUGCCUGUGGGUAUUAAUUCCUACAUUUAAAUUUGAGAGAACUGGAAAAAUGCGGUGUUUUGCAAAAGUAUCCUAUCAGAAGCACGGUUGUGCAGAUACAAAGGACUAGCCAUUUACCUUUCCGUAUCGCACGCCCCUCGAUAGAACUGGGCGUAGUAGACUUGAGCUUCGCGUAUACACAAGGUCACCACAGAUUUCAAUUUCGAACCUUCCUCCCCACCCUCCCAUCAAGAAAUCUGAGCCCUGGAUUGACAAUGGGAAUACAUCCUCAACAGAAGUCUUUGUGGGACUGGAGCGAAGGUUCUCGAUAAACGCUUAAAACAAAACCAAGGAAUCAUUUACACCCACCGCUGCCUUUAACCGGAGGCGAAAAGCUCAGGGACAGAAAGCUCAGCUACGCUUUGCCUGCUGCCAGGAAAAGAUGUGAGAGGCGGAGCUUGGCCGGCCUUGGGACAAGCAGGCGGGAUUCGGACGGUAGUGGAAGAAGAGACCAAGAACCGAGGAAGAAAGGUACAGACCAUCCACAAAAAGCUCUAAAGGAAGAUAAAUUAUUCUUUCCAAAUAAAAGAAAGCCAAGAUCCAUGAGUGGGCAUCGGUCAGCAAGGAAACGAUGUGGAGAUUCUCACCCGGAGUCCCCUCUGGGCUUCGGGCACAUGAGUACUCCAGGGUGUGUGUUAAAUAAAUUGUUUCAGUUGCCUACACCACCACUGUCAAGACACCAACUUAAGCGACUAGAGGAACACAGAUAUCAGAGUGCUGGACGGUCCCUGCUUGAGCCCUUAAUGCAAGGGUAUUGGGAAUGGCUAGUUGGAAGAGUUCCCUCCUGGAUUGCCCCAAAUCUCAUCACGAUCAUUGGAUUGUCAAUAAACAUCUGUACAACUGUUUUAUUAGUCUUCUACUGCCCUACAGCUACAGAGCAGGCACCUCUGUGGGCGUAUAUUGCUUGUGCAUGUGGCCUUUUCAUUUACCAGUCUUUGGAUGCUAUAGAUGGGAAACAGGCAAGAAGAACCAAUAGUAGUUCUCCUUUGGGGGAACUUUUUGAUCAUGGUUGUGAUUCACUAUCAACAGUUUUUGUGGUUCUUGGAACAUGUAUUGCAGUGCAACUGGGGACAAACCCUGAUUGGAUGUUUUUUUGUUGCUUUGCUGGGACAUUCAUGUUCUAUUGUGCACACUGGCAAACCUAUGUUUCUGGAACAUUGCGAUUUGGAAUAAUUGAUGUGACUGAAGUGCAAAUCUUCAUAAUAAUCAUGCAUUUGCUGGCAGUGAUUGGAGGACCACCUUUUUGGCAAUCUAUGAUUCCAGUGCUGAAUAUUCAAAUGAAAAUUUUUCCUGCACUUUGUACUGUAGCAGGGACCAUAUUUUCCUGUACAAAUUACUUCCGUGUAAUCUUCACAGGUGGUGUUGGAAAAAAUGGAUCAACCAUAGCAGGAACAAGCGUCCUUUCUCCUUUUCUCCAUAUUGGAUCAGUAAUUACAUUAGCUGCAAUGAUCUACAAGAAAUCAGCAGUUCAGCUUUUUGAAAAGCACCCCUGUCUUUAUAUAUUGACAUUUGGUUUUGUAUCUGCCAAAAUCACCAAUAAGCUUGUGGUGGCACAUAUGACUAAAAGUGAAAUGCAUUUGCAUGACACAGCAUUCAUAGGUCCAGCACUUUUGUUUCUGGACCAAUAUUUUAACAGCUUUAUUGAUGAAUAUAUUGUUCUUUGGAUUGCUCUGGUCUUCUCUUUCUUUGAUUUGAUUCGCUACUGUGUCAGUGUUUGCAAUCAGAUUGCAUCUCACCUGCACAUACAUGUCUUCAGAAUCAAGGUCUCUACAGCUCAUUCUAAUCAUCAUUAGUGAUGCAGUUGAUGUUAUAUAGGAAACUCAUGUUUUCUGCAGAAAAGAAUCUGAAUAUACCAAGAAAGGGGCGGUUAAGAAUAAAUAUAAUUUAUAAUAAUCAAUGUUGUAUAACUUUUAUUCUUUGUUAUUGGUAACACUCCUUAACUAUGCUGUGUAAGAAUGGGAAUUUCAAGUUCCAUCUUGUAUAUUGUGCGUGUCGGUCAUACAGCAUUUGGCCCAAGAAAGCAUGCAGGAAAAAAAUGCCAUGUGUUUGUCAUUAUCCUGAAUUCAGAGUAAAAUUGUCGUGGGGAGCAGAUCCCCAGUGGUGGAGAUUUCUACUGUAGAAUAUUUGUGGGCCAAAAGAUGGUUGCUUUAUAAUUUUAACAAAUCAUCAUCUUUUAGUGGCAUCCUUGUUUCAUGUCUUCUCAAGCUUUCUUUACUAAAGCAUUCAGCUUGUGGCACAGAUUUAUCCCACUAGCUUGUGGGGUGGCACGAGUGAUAAAGAUCUUGAAUUUGGAUUGAGAAGUUUCCUAUCUUUACACUGUUGAGGAAGUCAUUUUUUUUUUUUUUUUUUUUUUUUUUUUUUUUUUUUUUUUUUUUUGCUCAAGAAAUGGUAUCUCAUGGGCUUGGGAAAUCCUGUUAGCAUGCAUAAUAAUGUGGUAACUUUGUCGAUUCAUUUUAUUUUUUUAAAUAAAUAUAUGAUCUGAAAGCCA